UCCCCUUAAUGCAAAGCGUCACAAAGACAGGAAUUCCCAUAUGUGCUCAGUUUGCCCCCAGCGUCACUGUGCCCAGGAGACUCCCAAUCUGUCAAGGCUCGGGGUUGGGAAGCUCACUCAAUUCCAAACGACAGAAAGGAAACUUUCCCAGCACUCUGCGGGUGUGAUGCGAGCCAGGGAACGCUGUCCCAGCGCAGAUCGUCGCCUCCCGCCCUUCUUUAGCUACAAUCGGAGCUGGGAUUCACUUUUAUUUUUUUUAAGUGCCUUCGGCCAUAGCUCUGGAGCAUCAGCACACGCGCACGCAUCUUCGGCCGCGCUCACACUCGUACACGCACGCAAACGCGUGGCCGCCGCCAGGUCGGCAACUUUGUCGGGCGCUCCCAGCGGCGCUCCGCUUCCUCCUGUAGUAGUUGGGCGCAGGCCCCGCCUCCCAGCCGUGUUGUCAAACGGGCCGGGGUCUCGGAUUGGUCCAGCCGCUGGGACAACACCUGCUCGACUCCUUCAUUCAAGUGACACCAGAGCUUCCAGGGAUAUUUGAGGCACCAUCCCUGCCAUUGCCGGGCACUCGCGGCGCCGCUAACGGCCUGGUCACAUGCUCUCCAGAGAGCUACGGGAGGGCGCUGGGUAACCUCUAUCCGAGCCGCGGCCGCGAGGAGGAGGGAAAAGGCGAGCAAGGAGGAAGAGUGGGAGGAGGAGGGGAAGCGGCCAAGGAGGAGGAAGAGGCGGAGGGGAGCACAAAGAAUCCAGGUCUCCGGGAGGGAGGUUUAUACCAAGAACCAUGUGUGCCGAGCGGCUGGGCCAGUUCGUGACCCUGGCUUUGGUAUUGGCCACCUUCGACCCGGCGCGGGGGACCGACGCCACCAACCCGCCGGAGGGUCCCCAAGACAGGGGCUCCCAGCAGAAAGGCCGCCUGUCCCUGCAGAACACAGCGGAAAUCCAGCACUGUUUGGUCAACGCUGGCGAUGUGGGGUGUGGUGUGUUUGAAUGUUUCGAGAACAACUCUUGUGAGAUUCGAGGCUUACAUGGGAUUUGCAUGACUUUUCUGCACAACGCUGGAAAAUUUGAUGCCCAGGGCAAGUCAUUUAUCAAAGAGGCCUUGAAGUGCAAGGCCCAUGCUCUGCGGCACAGAUUCGGCUGCAUAAGCCGGAAGUGCCCAGCCAUUAAGGAAAUGGUGUUCCAGUUACAACGGGAGUGCUACCUCAAACACGAUCUGUGCUCUGCCGCCCAGGAGAACACCCGAGUCAUGGUGGAGAUGAUUCACUUCAAGGACUUGCUGCUGCACGAACCCUACGUGGACCUGGUGAACCUACUGCUGACCUGUGGGGAGGAGGUGAAGGAGGCCAUCACCCACAGCGUUCAGGCUCAGUGUGAGCAGAACUGGGGAAGCCUGUGCUCCAUCUUGAGUUUCUGCACCUCAGCCAUCCAGAGGCCUCCCACGGUGCCCCCUGAGCGCCAGCUCCAGGUGGACAGAGCCAAGCUCUCUAGGGCCCACCACGGAGACACAGGUCACCACCUCUCGGAAGCCAGUAGUCGGGAGACGGGCCGAGGUGUCAAGGGUGAGCGAGGUAGCAAAAGCCACCCAAACGCUCAUGCCCGGGGCAGAGCAGCCGGCCACGGGGGCCAGGGAACUUCUGGAAGCAGCGAGUGGGAGGAGGAACAGUCUGAAUACUCCGAUAUCCGGAGGUGAAACGAAAGGCUUGGCCGGGAAAUCUUUCCUCCAUGCCGUCCAUUUUCUUCUCUAUGGACAUUCCAGAACAUUUGCCAUUAAAGAGGGGGGAUGUCACACGCAGGAUUUGGUGGGGAUUGCAGACUUGAUGAAGGCGUGUGCUAGCGGAACGAACAGGUGAGGCGGAGACGGCCUGGGCAGCGGCAAGGUCUCGGCUGUGCCCGGUGGGUUCCACACUUGCACAUCCUGAAGUGAGCGUGCCUCGCAGCCUCCUUGCAACUUUGUCUUCUUUCCAACCGUGGAGCCACUGGGCGGCGGCCUGCGGUUUGCUCUGCUGUGGGGGAAGUGGGCCAGGGAAGGGCAGGGGUCGGCAGGCCCACCAGCUAGACCUCGCACUUGGUGCUGGGCCCCGGCCCGCAUCUUCCGGUGCUGUCUUGGCAGAGGGCGGCUGGAUUCGGAUGCAGGGGUGAAUGUAAAAAUCGAGCUGGGAGUCAGAAGGGUGGAGAGGAGACAGGGCCGUGUGGGUGCUUGGUGCCGAACGGAAAUUCCGUUUCUUGCAUGGGACCUUGAGGUUUAGAGCUGCUUGGGACGGGGAGGGCAAGGGUUCUACGUGUAAGUUCUGAGCCAUUGUUCUGUCUGGGGGACCAUGUCCGAGGGAGUGGCCCCUGUGUGUUUGUAUAUUAACCACUGCUUCAAAUCUCUAUUUCACUUUUUUAUUUAUCCAGUUACAUCUACAUACCUGUCGUCUAAAUAAAUGGCUUUCAAACAAA